AUGAACUUUUGGAAUCUUUCUUUGCUUUUCUACAUUUCGGCUGCGGUCGCUUUCCAAGAUACUUAUCCAUUAUUUGCAUUUUCGUCAUCUUCAGCUGUAAUUGAUGCAAAUGAAGGACCAGUCUUAACUUCCUACUCGAAUUUCAACAAUAAGGCAGAACAAUUCCUGUCAAACUGCGAUGCUACCACUGUUUUCAUUUACCAGCCUGGUCUUCAGGCUGAAGACUUUCACUCUUCUGCUUUAUCUAAUAUGAAACGUAUUUCCUUGGACGCUGAAUCUCAAUACAUCUUACCCUAUUCCAAGGAACGUUUACAUCCUGAUGGACUUAUUUACGAUGCCAAAGUUUCUUGCUCUUCGAGAAUUGUAAAUAUCGACCCUACUCAUGAGUCAUUUCCUAUUUUAGAAAAAAACCAAAUUAGUGUGAUUUCUAUGAAGGAUUUGUCUUUAGGUGCUAAAUCACGCGAACAAGAAUUAUUUGAGUUGGAUCAGGUCAUUUAUUCGCUCUAUUCAAGUAUUCCUGAUGAUAUUGAGUAUACCUUUUUCCUGACUUCCUCUCCAAAGUUUGCAACCGUGCAAGUGUCAGAGGACAACAACACCAAACAAAAGGAGGACGAAGAUGAGGAAGAUGAAUCUUUGAAUAUGGAGUCGAAUUACUUCGUGAGUAUGAAUCGUCUUCGUCAUGCACAACCCAUUUCCCUUCCCGUCGAAAAUAUGAACGAUCGCGGCAAUUCUCAAGUUCGUAACCAAGAUAAUCAAAGUGUAUCUACUACUGACGGCAGCUUAUUCGAUCGCUAUCAAUUUUUUACUCCGGGAAUUUUUAUGGGAUAUCUAGCUCUAGUGGUUUUGGUGCCUACUUUGAUCAUUUCUUGCAAAUUGCUCUCAUCCGUUCAGAUCAGCUACCAUGCUUUUAGCAGCCCUCGUAAAAAGAAUUUAUCUGUAAAGCAAUAA